CUUAUUCAGUCAGGGUUUGUUUUUUUUAAACCAAAGGAAACCACAUGUCAUGGGCAAAAAGCUCAUCUUGUUUAGUAAGUUUACCUCCUGCUCCCUGUCAACAUGACUUUUGUCUGCUAUGUUCAGAAUCCUCUGCCCCUCUACCUCAUCUGGUCGCUUAUUUUUAAGCCUUGUGUGUGUCAACAAGAGGAGAAUGUGACAGACUACAUGGACUACAGUUCCUUCAGCUUUGAUUAUAGCGGCAUUCCUCUGCCUUGUGACAAAGCGAACAACCACCACUUCCGCCUGUGGUUCAUGUCAACCUUCUACUCCAUCAUCAGCCUCACGGGACUGGCAGGGAACCUCCUGGUUAUCGUCAUGUUCAUCUACUUUAACCGCUUGAAGAACAUGACAGAUGUGUACCUGCUCAAUUUGUCAUUUGCCGAUUUCCUCUUUGCAUCGUCACUCCCCUUUUGGGCAGCUAAUUCCAUGGCUAACUGGAUGCUGGGUGUGGCUAUAUGCAAGAUCAUGUACACUGUUUACAAGGUCACCUCUUACAGCAGCAUGUUCCUCCUCUGUUUAAUCAGUGUGGACAGGUACUUUGCCAUCGCCAAGGCUGUUUCUGCUCACCGCCGCCGCUCCCAAGCUGUGUUCUUCAGCAAAGUGUCAUCCGCAAUUGUCUGGGCCCUAGCUCUGAUUGUCUCCAUACCAGACAUGAACUACACCGCAGUCAUCAAAGGAACCUGCACACCUUUCUCCAGUACUUCUGACCCCCUUCGCAUAAGCAUCCAGAUAAGCCAGAUUGUCGUAGCAUUUUCCCUUCCGCUCUUGGUCAUGAGCUGCUGUUACGUGAAAAUUAUCCAGACCCUUUGCCAGGCUCGGAACUUUGAGCGGAAUAAGGCCAUCAAGGUGAUUCUUGUCGUGGUUGUUGUGUUUGUGGUCUGUCAGCUUCCUUACAAUGUGGCUUUGUUUUGGUCCACGCUUGUCGUUGCAAACGGAGGCACUACAGAUUGCACAUAUGAGAACAACCUUGUGUAUACCAUUGAUGUCACACAGUGUGUAGCCUUUCUAAGGUGCUGUCUCAAUCCCUUUGUAUAUGCCUUUAUUGGCGUUAAGUUUCGCCACGACCUUCUGAGGCUACUCAAGAAAUCGGGUUGCCUGAGCCAAAAGAUGUUCUCCAAGUUGAACUCUAGAAGUACGAGAAGCUCGGCUGCCUUAGACACCACCACCACAUUCUCACCUUAGGGCGACACAGUGACAACUUGCUCCCACACACCUCAAGUAAGAAAAAAAGUCUGAAAUAAUAUUUACAAGUGAGCCUCGAUUUAGAACGGAGCUCUGCUCCCGUGGCUGUGAUGUAAACCGAAUUUGUACAUUCGUCUCAACAUGUUGUUAAUGUAACAGUAAAGUCAGAACUACAGUCAAUAUUUGUAGUGUUACGAAAAACCCUUUUUGGCAUGUAAUAUAAAGCGUUCAAAUGAAAAACAGCAACAGCAAAGGUUGGUGGUAACUGUGCAUGACUUCCUGUGUGGUGUGACAAUGUAACUGCGUGCAGUUUGAAACCUUGUACCUGAGUACCUCAUUAGUACUUUACCUAGCAGCUAUUGUAUAUAAGUCGCGUAUAUUCCAGUUAUUUUAGCCUUUCUCCCCGAAUGGAUUUGAUUUUGUCUUCCGUCUCCCGAUAAAUAUUUGUUGCAUUGCA